UUGAUCUCCUUUCGCUUCUGCAGUGAGACUUCACUGUUCAUUUGGAUAGGGUUGCGCCUAGCUACAUGUUGUUUUCGGGCCCUUGUUUCGUUUAGAUAAAGUAUUCCAUCGAAGGAUGAGCGAUAACGAUGACAUCGAGGUCGAUAGUGACGAAGAAUCACCGAGAUUUAACUCUGGGGCAGACAAACGAGCACAUCACAAUGCGCUGGAACGCAAGCGCAGGGACCACAUCAAAGACAGUUUUCACAGCCUGCGCGAUUCCGUCCCUGCCUUGCAAGGGGAAAAGGUUGGUAAACCUUCGGCUUCUCGGGCUCAGAUCCUAGACAAAGCCACAGAGUACAUCCAGUAUAUGAGGCGGAAAAACCACACACACCAGCAGGAUAUUGACGACCUCAAGAGACAAAACGCCUUGUUGGAGCAGCAAGUCCGUGCACUGGAGAAGGUGAAGGGGCUGCAGGGCAGCUACAAUUCAUCGGACGGCAGCCGCUACACCAACGCCAAGGGCAGCACCGUGUCCGCGUUCGACGGCGGCUCUGGGUCCAGCUCGGAGUCCGAGCCCGAGGAGCCGCCCACGCGGAAGAAGCUCCGCGCCGAGGCCAGCUAAAGACCCCUCGCAUCCAGUGAGUGGAGGAGGAGGAGGAGGGGGGUAAAAUGGCCCCUAUGCCCCCCCCUUAAAUCCACUCCCAUGCACCCCAUAAUCUACGUCCCUGCGCCCCCACCCCUGCCCUUAGACUCUCCACUCCGCUUCCUAGCUCUGUCCAUCCCUCUCCGGUCACUUGCCUCGCUCCGUGCCCCAACCCUUCAAACCCCCCCAAACCCUUAGUCCAGAUGAGGGGGUGAAUAAGCUGGCCUGCAGAAGGACGACAUCUUCACCAUUUUAAUUUCUCUGAAGAGAUGAAAUUAUGUUUGUGUAACCUGUUUUUGUUUGAGUUUGGUCACCUCCCCCCCCCUUUUCAUCAGCUCUGUCGGAACCCCCCCCCCACUCCAGCAGCGGCGUCUUGGCAACAACAAACAGGACUGUCCAGAUUGCCGGAUGAGGCAGCUUCGCUACUUACGGACUCCAUACAUCUUUUGCCGUUUUUGAUUUUUUUUUUCUCCCUUCCUUCCUUAAAAAUCUGUUCUCAUUACCCUCCACGUGGAGUCCGGAGGAGCAGGGGAGACAUGUACAUCUCCAAGCACUGCGGGGAAAAAAAAAAAAAACUUUUGUUUACGCGUCAUUUUCUUUUGUUUCCUGUUUUGAUUAAUCUUAAAAGAACCUGUUUAGAACGACACACACAGCCCACUACAAACUGUCACCAAGGAGCAGUUUACCUUUGUAGAAACAAACAUCAAAGAUGAAUGGAAUAUUUUUUUCCACAAAAGAAUGUGAUUCUACAUAGCAGCAACGAUUGACCGGUAAAAGCAAGCUCACCUCAGGAUUCUCAAAAGUGGUUGAACACGUUUGUUUAUGGAAAAAGAAAAGUGAAAUUCCUUUGUUUGAAAUUGAUGUCAUGAAGUAGAGAAUUUUUCCCAAACUUGUGCUUUUGUCCUAUUAGCUUGAUGUAGAGAAUGAAUUUAGAUGGCUUACUUCAGUUUAGAUUUCAGGGUUUUGUAAUUGGAUGAUUACUUUCAAAGCCUCUGAAUAUGUUGUACAAUUUGUAUUGUUCACGCAUACUUGGGAACACUGCUGAUAUGCUAGAUGUACUUCUCUCGUGUUAUGAAAAACGUAGAAUGUCAAGUCACAUUUUUUUGAUUGAGGUAAAAAAAAGGAAUGGUAACUGUUGUGUUUUGCUUUACAAGGUAAACUUUUAAAUGUUGCGGGUUUAAAUUUAAGGGGUUUAAAGAACCUCCCCCAUAAAAGCAUUUUGCCUGUUGGAGGUGUGAGCGUGUGUGUGUGUGCGCGUGUCUUGAGUGUAUGUAUGUAUGUAUGUAUCUUUUACCAUUUGUGUUUUUUUUUCCAUUUAGGACAUUUAGAGUAUACUAAAUAGGUCUUUUGUUUGUUUAAUUCCAUUCCAUGGAAACUACAGGUAUGUUGUACAUACUGCCAACAACUGUCUUGCAAGUUGAGGCCUACCUUUACUAUGAGACUAUAAAUAAAAAAAAACUAUUUUAUCCUUUACAAA